GUAGGUUAUUUUUCAUACGAGGGCGAAUCAAAGCGACGUCCUCGACCGUCUCUCGCCGGCGUCGCAUCUUUUCACGAGCGACGGGCCGUCGCGUCGCGCGCACGAGACACCCGCGAACGCGGUUCACGAUCUUCCACGGACGGUCGGUCUUCUAAUGUAUAUCGCGAUCGUGGCAUGAUGGCACUAGCGGAAGCGGAAAGAGAUCGCGAACUUGCACGCGCCACUAUGGCACAUGCUAUCGAGGUUAUAUAAUUCCGGCGGUAAUUGAAAUUAUGUUAUACAGCAUUAAUAUAAUAUCAACGCAACAGUUGUUAUAUAACACGCAAUAUUGCAGUUAUAUUAAUGUGUUUUAUAACCUAGUUAUAUUAUAAUAAUACAAUAAGUUAUAUAACUGUUAUGCUACUACAGUCUAACACCUGUUAUAUUUAUUAUCUGUUACUCCUACGUUAUAUACCACUUAUAUUUGGUGUUUGCUGGGAUGCCUUUGAAAUUUGUCAGUAGUCAGAAGGGGAAGCGACAAUUAGUGCUUCAUGGUUUUAUUUAUGGUGUGCAUCGCGAAAAUACUGAUGCUGUUGUCUGGCGAUGCAUUAAGUAUACGGAGAGUUGUCGCGGUCGAGUAUACACAUCUUCGAUGACACGGAAUGGAACAGUUCUGAAAAUGACCGAUCACAAUCAUGGUCCAAAUGCUGGAUUUGUUGAGUCGCGACUGGCUAUAGCAAAAAUUAAGAAACGAGCCAAAAAGUCCUCAGAGAGCACAAGUGCGAUUGUGUCCGCUGGAAUUUCAAACAUAACCGAAGCGGCUGCUGCUGAAUUACCGAGUGUUUCGUCCCUGCAUCGAACGGUACAACGGACGAGGACACGCGCAAAUCCUCAAUUACCGACCCCAAGCAAUGUAGAAGAUCUUGAAAUACCGGAACAUUUUAAAGUAACAAAUAAAGGAGAAAGUUUUUUGAUGUAUGACAGCGGCGGGAAAAAACGAACGCUAAUUUUUACUACAGCAAAAAAUUUGGAGUGCCUGUCUUCAUGUGACGCUUGGUUUGCAGACGGAACAUUCAAAAGUGUGCCGGCAUGUUUUGCUCAAUUGUACACAAUACAUGGAUUUCAUGAUGGCAAGGUCUUUCCAUUAGUUUAUAUUUUAGCUCCCGGGAAACAAAAACGUUUGUACAUUUCGGUGUUGACAGUGCUGAAGGAACUUGAACCCCGGCUUAAACCUGAUGUGUUGAUGAUAGACUAUGAGCAAUCAUUUAUUUCCGCUUUCGAAGCGAGUUUUCCUGAUACCACAAUCAAAGGGUGUCAUUUUCAUUUCGCUCAAUGCGUUUAUCGGCAUGUACAGUCUGCUGGUUUGCAAAAUCGGUAUGGUAGCGAUAGCGAAUUUGCGUCUGCCAUAAAAAUGUUGAUUGCUAUUGCGUAUGUACCUAUUCCUGAUGUAACUAAAGCGUUCGAAGUACUUAAAAAUUCUGAAUAUUUCACUGACAAUCGGGAUGACCUGCGCGAAGUUGUUGAUUAUUACGAACAUACCUGGGUUGGUCUACCUCGUCGUAAUAAACGCUGGAAGGCUCUGUUUGAUAUUGAAAUGUGGAAUAGCUACGAUGCAGUUGUUAACGAAGUACCGAGAACAAAUAACGUUGUAGAAGGAUGGCACAGGUCAUUUAAUGAGCGAGUUACCGCGAAUCAUGCUCAGUUAGGUAAAUUCAUAGAAUGUUUAAAGGCAGAGCAAGAUUUAACCGAAUUAUUAGUCGAACAACGAAAUGCAGGCCAAAACGUUCGAACGAGAAGACGCAAACGUUAUGUUGAUUAUGAUCUGCGGUUGAGAAAUGUUGUAAAUGGUCGACAGAAGCUUACAAUGUGGUACAAAAUUGUUCCUCAAAGGAAGUUGCUGUUCAAGCUCAGAUUGAAGGUCGCAUUCAAACUAAUAUUUAUGCAAAUAUUUAUUAUAUGA